GUCGUCCUCCCAAUGGGCGGCAACGAGCCGCCCAGUGAAUGGCCCAGGCGACAAGAACACUCAAGCUGAUUUGUUAUGGACCUUGAGAAUAAUGCUAGUGGCCUGCAGCCACUUGCGCAGACGCCACGCUAAUUUAGAUGUCCGGGUGUUGCUGUUAUUAUUUGUAUAUCGCCCGGCCUACCCCCGGUCUGCGUCAUGCUCCCACAUUGUUGUGUACAUUCUCUACAUAUUUCUCCUUUCGCCCAUCCUUUCCCUACACACGUUCUCUAUUUUCUUAUUUCUGACUAGCAGUUGAUUUCUGCACUUCCUGUCCUACCUUCCUUUUCGCACUCUGUACGCCUAGAGGGCUACUUUCCAUUCUUUUUCGUCCCCAAACGUCGAUCGUUUUCGAAU